AUGUCUGAAGGUGUCGAACUGGUGAAAAAGUACAUAGAAUUCACGGAAGUCUUCGCUGAAUAUGACGACCUUGUCGUCUACACACCAAGAUUGCCGCUCGGGGAAAAUUGGGCAUACUUAGGCCAGGUCGCCAGGAAACGCAAUGGUGAAAUUCCAGACCACUCCGGGAUGAUCCUGUUGGCAAAGGCUGGCAGCGAUGCUCUGGGAGACAUCGUCGAUUGGGUUCCCGUUAUGCACGGCAUUGAACCAACGCCUUUCUCGACUUGGAGGGGUAUACCCGCAGAUCCGGAGAGAUACGUGUCAGGCGGUGAUUUCUUCGUGCUUGGAAUGGACAAACCGACCGCAGAGCAGACUGCAGGUAUCAAAGCCAUUCGCAAGGAGCUCAUUUCGGAGAAUAAACCGGAUCGUCUCAUCUGGAGUUGCCUCCUGCCCUUCAACGGACUGACCAUCUGGGAUGUUGCAAGCACCUUUAAAAUUUACUAUACAACGAGGGCAUUUGUCUCAACAUCUUCCCAAACCUCGGACGGAUUAAGGCUCCCUGUGAUCAUUUAUGGAUCCUAG